AUGAAAGAAGAAUUAUUGCUAUUUGCGGAUUAUAACGUCAUCUUGGUGAAUUGGUCAAAGGGCAGCAAGGCCGUCUACCAUCAAGCAGUGGCCAACAUUCGGGUCGUAGGAGCACAGAUUGCCCACCUCGUCAACACAAUGAUAUCGUUCAGAAUGAAUGCUUCUGACUUUCACAUUAUUGGCCACAGUCUUGGGAGUCAUACUGCUGGUUACGCUGGAGAAAGAGUUGCUGGACUUGGUCGAAUUUCAGGCCUUGACCCUGCUGGUCCUCUGUUUGAGAACACUGACACAAGAGUUUGCCUGGAUUCAUCGGACGCCAUGUUUGUUGACGUCAUACAUACCAAUGGGAAACCAUUGAUAUUACUAGGAUUUGGAACUUUGCAGCCUCUGGGUCACUUUGACUUUUAUCCUAAUUUGGGUCGUGCUAUGCCAGGCUGCAUACAAGAUGAGAUAUUACAUCUAAUAGAAGAAGAUAUUCCUGCAGGUUUAACAGAAAGUGUGACAUGUAGCCACUCUAGAGCUACCGCUUAUUAUAUUGAAAGUAUCAACUCAAAAUGCCCGUACACUGCCUACCCAUGUGAUAAUGAGGAGGACUUCAAGUCUGGAAAAUGUAAGACUUGUGCUACACACAGAUGUGUCAGAAUGGGUUUUCACGCCAAGCCGAGAGACGGGAGAAAUCAGAAAUAUUAUUUGAUCACGUCAGAUGAGAAGCAAUACUGCCAAUUUCAGUAUGAAACUGUGAUUAUAUUGAGUGGCAGUCCAACAUUUACAGGACGAGGACAUAUUCUGGUGAAUGUGACCGGCACGUUAGGUUAUUCUCCUUCAACCAAAGUCAGUCCAAAAUCUAGGACUUUCCGGAACAAUCAAACUAUAACUUUCACUUUAUCAAGCCCUUCAGACAUUGGUGAAAUCCUAUCUGUUAGUCUUCACUUUGACGUGGGCCGUCUUGAUUCAGUGCUAGGAAAAUUACUGCAGAGAUCAUCUCCGCGAAUUUACAUUAACAGAGUGGUCAUCUACAGAACAGAGUCCAAUCAAAAUGUAACAUUUUGUGCAGGAGACCAGCCAAUAGAGGACCAUCAAUCUGUCACUUUGGAUCGGCAAUAUGGGGUUGCAGAUGAAGUGUGUUACUAA